AUGCAGCCCCGUGGCCUGGCCCUGGCGACCCUCUGCCUGCUGGUGGUCCUGCGCGAGGGGGCCGGGGCGCUCGCGGGGGACCCCCGCCUCCUGGCUCGCCUGCAGCACCUGCUGGGCGUCGUGGAGCAGCUGAGCCGGCUGGCGCCGCACCUGGACCCGGAGGAUCUGCCGGCCCCCCAGGACGUGCGGAGCCACUGCGAGCGCUCAGCCUUCUCCUGUUUCCAGACGGUCCAGCUGAAGCCGGCCGGCAGCGGCGGCAAGCAGAAAUCCAUCCAGAACUUCGCCAAACAGCUGAGGAGGAAGCUGCCCGGCUCGCGGGCCCAGGAGGAGUGGAGGACGUGCCCUUCCUGUGACUCCUAUGAGAGGAAGCCGCCCCAAGAGUUCCUGGCAAGGCUGAAGGCACUGCUCCAGCAGAUGCUGCACCGCCGCCUCUCCUAGGCCCCGCCAUGCCCCGAGCCGGAGGGCAGGUGUGAGGACACACUCAACCCGCCCGGCCCUGCCUGCCCACCUGCCCACGGGGCCUGCCCAGGGGCUCCAGUGCUCUGCAGUGAGGGCCGGCCAGCACCCUCACUGGGAAGCGUCCACCGCCCCAAAGGGCAGGUGUUGGGGAGCAAAAGCGGCAGCCCUGUCACCCCAGAGGCCUGGAUGCACCCGUGGGUCCUUGCCGGGCAGCGCGCCGUCGGACCAGCCGUCUGUGUGAGGACCGGCAGCCUGGACUGUCAGGAAGUCAAAGUGGAGAGUGCGACACCACAGGCCUCAAGAGCUGCUGCCUCACCCCAGGAUGUCAGCAUGCAGGACGCACCCACGGCAGCGAUGCCCAGCAGAGGACCAGCGGGCUCUUAGCCACCGGGCACUGUGGCUGCGGACUCCUCCAGGCCUUUCUUCUGACUCACAGCCCUCAGAAGCUAUGGUUUCAAGUGUGUGGAAAUGGCAGCUAAAAUCCACGGGGCUACGUGCCAGGGCCCGGCCACGAGUUGCCGCCUUGCGUCUCUCCUCAGUGACCAGCUAACAGCCAGGCCGCUUCCCUCCCUCCCUCUCUCUUCUCCUCCCCCUUUCCUUUUUCCUUCCUUCCUCUCUCCCCUCGUUCCCUCCCUCUCUCCCUCCUUCCUUGUUCACUGCACACAUCAAGUCUGCUUGGCGCAAGGAAGGAAGUUCUCCUGGACAAUAUCAGAGCCCAGAAAUGAAGGCUGAGCCCGUCCCGUCCCGUCCCUUCCCGGUGGAGAGCGGACUUACCCUGGCCACCUAGCCUUCUAGGGGCCCCGGCAUGGGGGAGGAGGCUGGACAUGGCGGGACCAGGCGUCUGUGCAGGGACAAGCCCCAGGACAUGCUGAGGGCUGCGAGGAGACAGGCAGCUCCAGGUUCCAGAUGGUGGCUCAGGUGGUGGCCAGGGUAGAGCCUCAGAAACGGUGCUUUUAACCCAGUCCACCUCAGGCCUUGAGGGCCGCGUGUGAGGACGGUGGCUGCCACCCACGGGGUACGGCAGGCCGGGUGCUCCCGGCUGACAGCGGGGGACCUCUCGACGUCACGCUUCGUGUGUAAAGUGUGUUUGAACUUGCGGGCCGUAGCCUUGAGAUGAGCCCAUGGUUGCUGUGCGGGCACAGCCCUGUCCCCCCUGGCCCCCAGUGCCCACCCUCUGCUGAGGCCUAGCUGGCCUGUUCCCCCCUCCUCUGCUCCCCAGGGGCACUGGUCACCAGCACCCUCUGCUCACACGUGAGCGCCUUGUCCGCAGAACUGUGUCUGAGUCCUCUCACGGCCGGCUGGCCCCAGUGCUGACCAAGCUUUCUACCCCGUCAGAUGUCGGAUAGCUCCAGGCCAUUCAAUGACAGGAACAGGGAAACGGCUACAAAAAGGAGGGGAGGAGGGAAUGGCCAGCGUGGGCUCUGGGGCUCAGGUCCGCACACCUGCUGGCCACAGCUCCCCGGCCUGCACUGCUGUGCCACACUCCCUCUGAAGACCUGGUUUGAAUGUGAACAAUGUCCUAUGUAACUUAAUGGUUAUUUAUUAUCUAUUUGGUUUAAAAUGUUUGUGCCUCUUAUUUAAGACCUGACCCAAUUAAACACUUGGCCUGUG